AUGGACGUGCGGAAACUCGAUCUUAAUUUCGAUCGGGGGAGCUUUCCCCAAGGUGCUCAACAUGCCCCCUUGAAAAUCGCAUUCUUGGGAACCCGUCACCCUCAUGUGAUGUACCGGUUUGCGAUCCUCGAAAAGCUCCGGGGGUUCGAGUGCGCCGGGUUCUACGAGGAAAACGGUGAGAUCGCUGCGGGGCUCGCGGAAAGGCUUCCACAGCUGAUCCGUUUCAGCACACCCAGCGCUUUGCUAGAUACCAACCCGGACAUUGUGAUGAUUCACGCCUUGGAUCCGGAUGUACCGCGGUGGGCCCGAUUCGCGAUUGACCACCCGGCGUCAUUCAAGGGUCUUUUUCUCGAAAAACCCGGGGCUGCCAGACCGCAGGACUUUUAUAACCUUGCCCACGAGAUUCAGCAGAAGAGACCCCACCUGGCGGUGGAAUUGGGCUAUGAACUACACUAUUCCGAGUCGCUUCGAUUCGCGCGAAAAGUGAUUCGUGACGGCGUUUUGGGCGACAUUACCACCGCGCGAUUCCACGGUGGCUGCCCGUCGGGAGCUGGCAUGGAUCUUUGGCAGUCGAUUCCCGAGGAUCUCGGGGGGAUCAUGCAAACGGCAGGCUGUCAUACACUGGAAAAUGUUCUGGAUUUGUUUGGAGCACCCGAUCGAGUGGUGUCCUCGAUUCGAAAGCUACCAGCGAGACCCCCUCAUCCCGUUGUCGGCUGGAUUCCCGAUAUCUUCACCGGGACUGUCGAAACAGGCGAGUUUGGGGUGGGGACCCUACUCUAUGAGGAUGUCUGCUCUGGGAUCCUGGAGUAUCCUGACAAGACAAUUGUUCUGGAUCUAACAGCCUGGGAGCCGACAGAAUGGUGCAACGAGUGGGCAAUUGAUAUAUACGGAACCAAUGGAUCAUUGCAUGCUAUUCCCGAUUUUCCAGUUGCCACAUUAUACCUACGCACGGAGAGGGGUGAGUUCGUGGCUGGUGAGACCAAGAUGGCGACGGAACACCCCCACGGAAUCUCCAACAUUCCAAGAUGCUAUCGUGAACAACUAGAAACUUUGGGUUCGAGAGUUCGCGAAGUGAAACUCCCGCCAGACGGGUGCUGUGAUUUACGAAUGAAUGUGGACAUCUUCAAGACAAUCGAAGCUUUCUACAAGUCGGCCGCCACAAGACAGUGGGAAGAUGUUUGA